ACAGGGACGACCACACCAAAAGAAGAGAGAAAAGAACAGGCCAUGGCUGCGGGGAUGAUUGCUUCUCAAAGUGAACCGUGACAGAAUGGUCGAGUUUAUGAGCAAAGUCAUGCCGCACACGGUCGUCUCAUGCUGGCAGCCUUUCCUGGGAUUGGCCCUCGUGGCUGUUUUUGUGGGUUCUACCCUGGGAUGUCCCUCGCGAUGCGAGUGUUCAGCACAAAGCAAGGCAGUUGUCUGUCACCGUAAGCGCAUGCCCACCAUCCCAGAUGGCAUCCCAACUGAAACAAGAAUCCUGGACUUAAGUAAGAACAAGCUGACAAUGAUCAACCCCGAUGACUUUUUUGCCUUCCCUGGGCUUGAGGAACUUGACCUCAGUGGAAAUAUUAUCAGCUAUGUUGAGCCUGGAGCAUUCAAUGGGUUGUUUAACAUGCACUCGCUCAGCCUCAAAAGCAAUCGAAUCAAGCUUAUUCCUCUGGGUGUCUUCACAGGCUUAGCCAAUCUUACCCGACUGGAUAUAAGUGACAACAAGAUUGUCAUUCUCCUGGAUUAUAUGUUCCAGGACUUGCACAAUCUUAGGUUUUUGGAAGUGGGUGACAAUGACCUGGUUUACAUCUCUCACCGUGCAUUCAGUGGACUUUUAAGCCUGGAGACACUAACCUUAGAAAGGUGCAACCUAACAGUUGUACCCACUGAGGCUCUUUCUCAUCUGCACAACCUGGUCAGCCUGCAUCUACGAUACCUCAGCAUUAGCACUUUACAUCCAUACUCAUUCAAAAAGCUAUUCCGAUUGCGGCACUUAGAAAUUGAUAACUGGCCUUCACUAGACCAUGUGCCAGCUAAUACCCUGCAUGGCCUCAACUUGACAACACUGUUUAUAACCAACACCAACUUGUCCACCUUCCCUUACCUAGCCCUGAAGCAUCUUCCCUAUCUGACACAUCUCAAUCUGUCCUACAACCGCAUCAGGCACAUUGAAGCGGGCAUGCUGAUGGAACUGGUUCGGCUGCGAGAGCUGCAUAUUGUUGGAGCUCAGCUGACCACCAUUGAACAGUAUGCAUUCCAAGGUCUGCGGGGUCUCAGAGUUCUCAAUAUCUCACACAAUCGACUGGAUACAUUGGAAAAGGGCGUUUUUCAGUCUCCUGAGGCUCUGGCGGUUCUUCUCAUUGACAACAACCCCUUAGUGUGUGAUUGCCGCCUCAUGUGGAUCCUGCAGAAGAGGCAUUCCAUCUUCUUUGGGGAUUCACAGCCAGAAUGCAGCACACCUGAGGGCAUUCGUGGACGCCCUUUUAAGGAGUUUAAGGAGACUCUCCUGUCUUAUUAUGUUACAUGUACCAAACCGAAAAUUCGUGAAAAUAAAACACAAACAGUUACUGUAGAUGAGGGUCAGCAGGCUAUGUUGCGUUGCAGUGCUGAUGGGACACCAAGGCCAAUUGUGUCUUGGUUGUCCCCACAUCGCCGAGUGCUAACAAACAGCCAUAGUAGAGUAACCAUCCAUAAAAAUGGUACACUAGAAAUCAAGGCAGCAGAAGUCCAAGACAGUGGAGAGUACCUUUGCCUUGCCUCCAACACUGCUGGAAAUGACACCUUGAAGACAUCAUUGGCGGUGAAAAGUUUAGGAUCACUGUAUGCCAACAGGACCCAGUACUACACAGAUCCCAGCAAUGCCACUGCCAAUGGAACGACUGGUGUGACUCUCGGUUUUGACCUUAAGACUAUUUUAGUGUCAACAGCUAUGGGUUGUUUCACAUUCUUGGGAGUGGUCUUGUUUUGUUUCCUGCUUCUUUUUGUUUGGAGCAGGGGGAAAGGAAAACACAAAAACAAUAUAGAUGUUGAACAUGUGCCACGAUCAAAGUCUAACGGCACUAAUGUUGACUCAGCAGAGGGACAAGCCGGUCCUCGUCGUUUUAACAUGAAAAUGAUGUGACUUCUUUUAUAGAACUAAGAGUCUGGAUUGUGGAAAAGCCCAAAGUACAGUGUAUUUUUUUGAAAACAGAAUGACUGAAUCUUCUCACUGCUACAGGAAGAGUGGUAGUGAAAAGACCUUGGGGCAUCACAAAAUGAUGAGCAUUACCUUAAAUCUGUGGAUCUUGAUAUAGUUCUUGAAUACUGUGUCUCAAAUGAAAAAGAUUUUAGAAUGACUAUCACUGCUGGAAAAACCUCUCAGAUGAGUUGCUCUCAUGAAGACCUGGAUGAAAUAAGUGUCAGUUAUCAACUUUUUGAAAUUUAUAUGUCCCAGAAUCAUUCAGUUUUGGGAUGGAUCUACAGACUCAGUUGAACAAUGUACAUUACAAAUUUGUAUCUAAGCUAUAACCUACUUUGUUUAGUCUUGCGCCAUGCUUAUUCACCAAUCAAUGAAACAUAAUUUCCUAUGUUCUAUAUUUUUCAUAUGUGUACGUAAUGCUUCAUUAUGUACAUGUAUGUACAUAAUCGUUCAAAAGAAUAGUUCAUAGCAAUAUUCAUGGGAUACACUUGCUAAAAUUGCUAUAACCCUGUUCCACAAGUACAUUCUUCAGGCUUUUGAAGUUUCCAUUGAUUCCAGAAGGGCUUCUAUGGCUAAGUAUUUGUCCUCUGCUCCCCAAUUGAAUAAAUAUUAAUAAAUAUAUAUAUCAUUUAUCAAUAGAAGCACAAGAAAAUGAUUUUAUUCAUGAAAGUAUUAAGAAUUUU